AUGCGUCAAUCCAGUGCCAUUGCGGAUGACAUCCCAAUCCCUCUGCCCGUCACCUACACCCCCGCAACGCACCGCAUCAGCAAGGCUAAAAAAGGGAAACGUGUCCAUGCUUGCCAGCAUCCUGGCUGUAAUAAAGUUUUCACCAGAGCUGAACAUCGGAGGCGACAUGAGGUUAACCAUAAUCCCGAUGCUUGGUAUCGAUGCGGCUAUCCCGGCUGUAAGAAGUCGUUUCGUAGACGUGAUUUGUUUACACGCCAUACGGAAAAGCAUGAAUCCGAGUCUCAGAUGGAGAAGAAUAAUGCUGGUCAAUGGAAAACCCAGCACCAGGUCCCACUAGGUUCUUCUGAGGAAAGUGGCGACUCAAAACGUGUCCCUCUCGACCCCAAUGCCGGGCCGUUUUUUCAGACUGUCAGUUCGGCGCCUAUGGGUCCCAUUAUCGCGUCGGAAAUCCACCCGAAUCUUGCCCAUGGCUGUUCUCCCAUGUGGAAUCAUGACCCAAUCACCGCCGAUGUGGGACGGGCCCCCGAGUUCAUGCUGAAAUCCGGUCUUCCACUGCAGUCGGAUUUCCGUUGCUGGGCCAUGUGUGGUGGAGACUUGCUGGAAUCCAAUACCACACCCGUUUCCCUUGACGGGGAUAUCAUUAACCCUACCCUUCAUUGCCAGUAUCCAUCGUCAAUCUGGACCGGCAUGGGCAAUCCAGUCUACGACGAGAGCUUAUUCCCCUCGUCCCGAGUAUUCCAGACAACCAUGGGGUGGGAGCAAUGGACCCCUUGA